AUGGCAGGAGGCCGAUUUACGGAUCGGGAAGAACAGGAGGAGCUCUACAGAAUCCUCGUCAAGACCGAUAGACGGCUAGGAUGGCCAACACGGGCAAUACAGGCACAGCUUAGGGAAGCAUGGGGUUGGGGGGAUUCUCCUUCCCCGCCGAGAAUGCCGAUUGCUGGCAUCUUGAACGCCUGCGUACGAGCUGCAGAGGCGGACUGA